AGAAGCAGCACCAUGGCUGGCAAGAAAGUCUGCAUCGUAGGCUCCGGCAACUGGGGCUCAGCCAUUGCCAAGAUCGUGGGUAGUAAUGCCAGCCAACUGGCACACUUUGAUCCACGGGUGACCAUGUGGGUGUUUGAGGAAGACAUCGGGGGCAGAAAGUUAACUGAGAUCAUCAACACGCAACACGAGAAUGUGAAAUACCUGCCGGGGCACAAGCUGCCCCCUAAUGUGGUGGCUGUCCCAGAUGUCGUCCAGGCUGCAACAGGUGCUGACAUCCUGGUUUUUGUGGUACCCCAUCAGUUCAUUGGCAAGAUCUGUGACCAGCUCAAGGGCCACUUGAAAGCCAAUACUAUUGGCAUAUCUCUUAUUAAGGGGAUAGACGAGGGCCCCAAUGGACUGAAACUCAUCUCUGAAGUGAUUGGGGAGAGCCUUGGCAUCCCUAUGAGCGUGCUGAUGGGGGCCAACAUUGCCAGUGAGGUGGCUGAAGAGAAGUUCUGUGAGACGACCAUUGGCUGCAAGGACCCUGCUCAGGGACAGCUCCUGAAGGAGCUGAUGCAAACACCCAACUUCCGCAUCACCGUGGUACAAGAGGUGGACACAGUGGAGAUCUGUGGGGCCUUGAAGAAUAUAGUGGCUGUUGGGGCUGGCUUCUGUGACGGGCUUGGCUUCGGUGACAACACCAAGGCGGCAGUGAUCCGGCUGGGGCUCAUGGAGAUGAUCGCCUUCGCCAAGCUCUUCUGCAGUGGCUCUGUGUCCUCCGCCACCUUCCUGGAGAGCUGUGGGGUCGCUGACCUCAUCACGACCUGCUACGGGGGGCGGAACCGCAAGGUGGCAGAGGCCUUCGCUCGCACCGGAAAGUCCAUUGAGCAGCUGGAGAAAGAGAUGCUGAACGGGCAGAAGCUACAGGGGCCCCAGACAGCCCGGGAGCUGCACAGCAUCCUCCAACACAAGGGCCUCGUGGACAAGUUUCCCUUGUUCACCGCGGUGUACAAAGUGUGCUAUGAGGGCCAGCCAGUGGGUGAGUUCAUCUGCUGCCUGCAGAACCACCCAGAGCACAUGUGAAUUCGGCCAGAGCCCAAGACAGACAGCGCCUUUGCCCCAAGGGAGACAAGCAGAAGCGUGUGACACCACCAGUCUCCAGGACUUCCCAUCCAGCAGAGUCCUCUCUGAAGGACCCUGGGGACAGGAGGCUGUGGGGCUCGGCCACAUACCUGGAGAUUGCUGUGGAACCUGCGGCCUCUCGCAGAACCACACCACGCUUCCUCCACGUCCUCUGGGAGGUGUGGAACCAAGCCCCAAUGCUGCCUGCUCUAGGGGUGCAGUUGGGGGAAGGGAAGGCGCCAAGUCAAGGGUUGCUGGUUACUGCCUCACACACACUGGGAAUCUGUCCCGUUAAGUGACUGAAGAAGUUCUUUAGCCACAGGAAAGAUGAGGCAAGGGCUGCCAAGGGAAGGGUCUGGACGCCUGAGCUGAUGCAGACCCCAGAGACCCUUUUGGCCGACCUCUGCUAGGCCCCACGCAGCAUCAAUGAUCUCACUGUUUGCUAACAAAAUACAAAGCUCUCAAACAACUCCCUUCUAACUUCUCCUAGCAACAUUUGCCACCUCAGAAGCCUCUGCUUCCCCUUCCUCCAGGCUACUCUGGCACAAGAGAGCUCCACACUGGCAUUUCUGGCCCCGGGGCCUCCAUUCUUCCCAGAGACUUCCUGGUCCCUAGAGCUUUGCCAGGACCUCCCCACCCUGUGUGACCUUUCCGAGCUCUCCCUUGCUGCACCCAGCUGCCAGCACCCUCUUUGGGGAGCAGGAACUCAAUCUGCUGACAGAGCUACACUUCUUCAUAGCAGGCUCAGAUGGCUCAGGCUCCCCUGACCUUCUGAUUUGUCCACCUCCCUAGUCAGGAGCUCUGGCUAUGAGAAGCGCCAGCCAGCCCCUCCAACUGCUGACGCCUUUAAAAAAGGCAUCCGAACCCCAUAUCUUUCUUCUCAGGGUUGUCCCCAUCACUGACUUCAUGUCUAACAGAAUGUAGGAUUCAUAGCUUAUCUUCCACAGCUCCUUCAACCCGUAUUCUUGACUCUACCCUUUCCUCUUGCCCAAGCCAGUGUGUCUUUCCGCUGUUUUCAAACAGCCAGAGCGCUACCAAGUAUCUGUAUAGGCUUGGAGCCAAGGAGCAGCUCAAGGUUCAGCAGGUUUCCACAAUGGUUGGUGGGCCUUGAAAGGCCAAAGCCAGCUGCCCUUGGGACAAGGUCCUCAUGAGACCAUAAGCACAGCACACAUCAGGAGCUGGGGAACUCGAGGGAAGAAACAAUUGAAAAGAGCCUGCCCUGGGGUGAGGGAAAGCAGCAGGGGGAUGGGAGUAUGCCUUGUACUGGCCCCUUUCCAAGGUUUGGUGGCAGCAGGAGAAUGUCACAGAUCAGCAGCCUGGAGCCCUAGCUAUAAAUAGUCUCCGGGAGCUGAGAGGUUUCUCCCUCCACCAGGGGUCUCCAUUUCGCGUGUGGCAGCAACUGGCACACGGUGUCUCUGGCCAGCUUGCUAUUAAACUAACACAUCGGAGUGCCAGGCCCCUCUCCGCUCCUAGCCUUUAAGAAUUCAGUCUUAUCAAUGAAGGUCAGAGCCAUUGGGAAAGGUGAAGUGGGGGAGCCCUGUCAUCGAUCCCAACUGGGUCGGAACCCUCCCACGCAUGACUCAAUUCAGAGCUGUUUCCCAGGAGGCUGGGGCGGGAUGCAGACAGAUUCCAACACCUUAACCUAUGUUUGCUCAGUCAACUGUGAAUCUGAGGCCUUCUGUCAGGCCACUUGUCUACCCAAUAAAGUGUGUUUUUUCCAGAAA